UGAGCCUUUUCAUUAGAGCAAGUUCUGCUUCUCGCGGAAGCACCAGCAUAAGCUAGCAGACCAUAAGCAAAAUCCGCGUUCUUCAAACAACCAUCUCGCCUCUUUCCGCCCCUGUCCCCUCGCCAUCAAGCCACGAGACGUCAUGUCGUUCCGACCUCUCAUUAUCGGCGCGCUUCUCGCUCUGUUCGUGUCCGCAGCCGCCGCGCAGACCAAGAGCGAGCUGAUAAAGGAGAUUCUGGGCCUGCGCAAGGCGCUGACGCAGUUCAAGUACCUGGGGAGGUACACGCUCGUGGUCACCGCCAUGGAUAAAGUCAUUCCGAAGCUGGACACCUUCCCGGAGGAUGGGGACCUCUCCCAUAAUUGGCAAGAAGACCAUUCUCAUUCCGCAGAACGAGGCGCUCGGGGCGGUGGGGGUGGGCUCGCUCGUAAAAAACGGCACGAGCCCGGAGCAGAUCGUUACGUUCUUGGAAAUGGGGCUGCUUCAUAUCCUGGACGGCUACUACCCGUUCCGUGAAAUCAAGCACAGCAGCAGCGUCCCGACUUUGCUGCCCGGCCGCCGACUGAGGAAAUACUUCGUGCCGCUGCUGAUGCGCAGAGGGUCGCCGUACGCGCUAGGGCAAAGUUGGAACGGCUUGUCGUGGUCCCAGAUCGUGAAUCCGGGGAUCUACCGCGGGAAGUACAUUGUGGUGCACGGCGUAGAUGCUCUUCAGCAGCCGUGAGCUUGACCGCGUCGAAGCCCACCCUGCAAUCCUGGAAACCGAUGCUAGACCUUUUGGCAGAGUAAUCUGUCCAUUACCGACUUUUUGAUGGGAUAGGGCAAGGAGCUGUUUCACGCAUAGGGUUCGAGGAAACUGUACACCCGAGUUGCUGUCCUCCAGCAGCAAACCUACACUGUAAUUGUAGUCAAAUAAACAGGUAUAGCCGGAAAAUGUCCACCACAUUGGCAACUUGGAGCAUAUUAUAGGGUACGGGAUCAGGAUCAGGGCUGACGUUUCAAAAAAACCCACUCUGAUUUUCGCCCCCCAAAAAAAUCCUAAGUCUGAGUAGCCAGGUUUCAGAUUCCAUGGUAGUCUGAUUUCUCAGGAUCCAGUCUGAUUUCUUCAGGGUUCGCAUUGCAAAUAUUAAUCA